UUUGGCUUGUGAUGAGCUCUGACUCGAAGAUCUGAGCCUGUGCCUCCAUAACCGCAAGUCAUGGCAGGCGCACCCAUUCAUACUAUGUCCAGUCCAAGUUGAUGUGGCCGCCCUUUGACUUGGCGGGAUCUUGCAGAUCGCAAGGCUAAUCUUGACACAAAAGAAAGAACAAUCGAGCGGAUUUUAAUUGUAAUCUUGGUCCUCAAAGACCAGGGGCCAGAACAUGCUGUGGCCUCAUGUCGUUAUGUCUUGCUGAUUUGGUAACCCUUGGUGCGGCCUUCUCCACAGGGUGGCGUGCAUGCCGACAAUAUCAUAGUGCUGUCGAAGGGGCACAUUACACGAGUAUCCCGUCCUAUAGCUAUGCUAUGCGAUCUUCUGCACCUGUUACAGUCUCAUGCCUAACAGACAUGAGGUCUCGGUGCACAGAGUACGACACGGCGUUCAUUGGUUUGCCUAGAAUGUUGCAACGCACAGACCGUUUUGGUCGUCGUCUUAGUAGUUCCCUAAACUGCAGCCACCUUAACAAUCAAGAUAGUCGAUGCAUUUGCUAUUAGGAGCGUUCAGUUGCGGUCAGCUGGAAUGUGAGCAUCUUACCACUUCUCCGCGGCCUUCCUUUUGUUUUUGCAUAUUUUCAC